AUGCGCAGCUUCACUCCUCUUCUCCCCGUCUCACUUACAGCGCUGCUGCUGCUGCCCGCGGCGCUGGCCAAGUUGUGCAAGCCUCUCUCUUACAUCGACCCGUUGAUCGGCUCGCAGGACGGCGGCAACGUCUUUGCCGGCGCGACGCUGCCCUACGGCCUCGCCAAGGCCGUCGCCGAUGUGGACGGCCAGAACACGGGCGGCUUCGGCUCCGACGGCAGCAACGUGACGGGCUUCUCGAGCGUCCACGACAGCGGCACAGGCGGCAACCCGAGCUUGGGCAACUUCCCCCUGUUCCCGCAGCUCUGUCGCGACGACGACCUGAACGGCUGCAUGUACCGCAUUGACGACCGCAAGGUGCACUACGUCAACGACUCGCUCGAGGCGGUGCCGGGCCGCUUCGCCCUCGGCUUGGCGUCUGGAAUCCACGCCGAGAUGACCGUCUCAGAGCACGCGGCACUCUACCGGUUCAAGUUUCCAGCGGCGGGGGAGGCAGGGGAGGGCACGCACCCGCACAUCAUGCUUGACUUGACGGACCUGUGGAAGAGCCGUCAGAACGCGUCGAUCCGCGUCGACGCCGACACGGGCCGCAUGACAGGGAAUGGGACCUUUUUGCCGAGCUUUGGUGCCGGGUCGUACGUGAUGCACUUUUGCGUCGACUUUUUCGGCGCAGACGUUCACGACACGGGCGUCUGGGUCAACAACCGCGCCGGCACCGACCCCAAGGAGCUCUACGUCACCCGCGGCUUCAACCUGUUUUAUAUUGAGGCGGGCGGGUUUGCGCGCUUCACCACAGGGAAAGACCGCACGGUGACGGCGCGCGUGGGCAUCAGCUUCAAGAGCAGCGAGCAGGCAUGUCGCAGCGCCGAGACGGAGAUUUCGCAGCCGCUGGCUGACUUUGAUCGGCUCGUCAAGGAGGCCCAGCGCACGUGGCAGGAGAAGCUCAGCCCGAUCCAGGUCAAGAGCGGCGGCGCCAACGAGGAUCUGCUCAGGAGCUUCUGGAGCGGCGCGUACAGAAACAUGAUUGCGCCGCAGAAUUACACGGGCGAGAACCCGCACUGGGACACCGGUCGGCCAUACUUUGACUCUUUCUAUUGUAUAUGGGACUCGUUUCGUGUUCAGCACCCGUUCCUGACCGUGGUGGACCCGACGGCGCAGGCGCAGAUGGUGCAGACGCUGCUCGACAUUUACGAGCACGACGGGUGGCUGCCCGACUGCCACAUGUCGCUGUGCAGCGGAUGGACGCAGGGUGGCUCCAACGCCGACGUCGUCCUUGCCGACGCCUACCACAAGAACCUGUCGAGCGCCAUCGACUGGGACGUGGCGCUCCGGGCGAUGCUCGCCGACGCCGAGGACGAGCCGCUCGAGUGGUCAGUCCACGGCCGCGGCGGCCUGCGCAGCUGGAAGGCGCUCAACUACAUCCCAUACCUUGAUUACGAUCCCCUCGGCUUCGGCACCAACUCGCGCAGCAUCUCCCGCACGCUCGAGUACGCCUACGACGACUACUGCCUGGCGACCAUGGCUGGCGGCAUGGGCAAGCGGGAUCUGGAGGACAAGUACCUGAGACGCAGCACAAACUGGCUAAAUCUGUGGAAAGAGGACCAGACGUCGCUGAUCAACGGCACGGACACGGGCUUCAGGGGCUUCUUUCAGCCAAAGUAUCAAAACGGCACGUGGGGCUUCCAGGACCCUAUUGCUUGCUCGGCCCUGACUAGCUUUUGCUCACUGACGACGAACCCCAGCGAGACCUUUGAAGCAAGCGUCUGGCAAUAUCUCUUCUACGUACCUCACUCGUCUGCUGCCCUAAUUGACCUUGUGGGCGGCGAUGACGCUUUCAUCAAGCGCCUCGACUACUUCCACACCAUUGGUUUGGCUGAUAUUUCAAACGAGCCCGUAUUCCUGACUGUGUAUAUGUACCACUACGCCGGCCGCCCAGCGCUCUCCGCCCAGCGCAUUCACACGUACAUUCCCAAGUCAUUCAACUCGUCCCCGGGGGGGUUGCCUGGCAACGACGACUCGGGCGCCAUGGGGUCUUUUCUCUUCUUUUCGGUGUUGGGCCUAUUCCCCGUCGCGGGGCAAAACGUGUACCUCAUCAAUCCGCCAUUUUUUGAGGAGUUGAGUAUCACGAGCCCGCAGACGGGCAAGACGGCGACGGUGCGCAGUAAGAACUUCGACCCGGAGUAUAAGAGGAUAUAUAUACAGAGCGCGACGGUAAAUGGACAGCCCUGGGAAAAGUCGUGGAUUGGCCACGAGUUCUUUACCGGGGGCUGGACGCUGGAGCUGGAGCUGGGUGAGGAGGAGUCGAGCUGGGGAUCGAGGAUGGAGGACCGGCCGCCGAGCUUUGCGGUGAAGAUGUAG